AUGUCAGGCACUCCAAAGAAACACACUAAGACACAUUCAACGUAUGCUUUUGAAAGCAACACAAGUAACGUUGCAGCUUCACAAAUGAGAAACGCUCUAAACAAAUUGGCCGAUUCAGUUAAGGGUAAUCCUGAAUUGCAUGCAAGAUUCGAAAAUGAAAUGGAUUCAUUCUUUUCUUUAUUUAGAAGAUAUUUGAUUGAAAAAUCUUCAAAGGAUACCACUUUAGAUUGGGAUAAGAUCAAAUCUCCAAAUCCAGGUGAAGUCGUCGAUUACAAUUCCAUUCAACAGUCUGAGAAUGUUUCUAAUCUGGACAAAUUGGCUGUCUUGAAAUUAAACGGUGGUUUAGGUACUUCAAUGGGUUGUGUUGGUCCAAAAUCCGUUAUUGAAGUUAGGGAUGGUAACACUUUCUUAGAUUUAUCUGUUAGACAAAUCGAAUAUUUGAACAGAAAAUAUGAUAGUGAUGUUCCAUUACUCUUAAUGAAUUCUUUCAAUACUGAUAAAGAUACUGAACACUUGAUUAAGAAAUAUUCAGCAAACAGAAUUAGAAUCAAAUCAUUCAAUCAAUCAAGAUUCCCAAGAGUUUACAAAGAUUCCCUCUUACCUGUUCCAAGUGAUUACGAUGAUUUAUUAGACUCAUGGUAUCCACCGGGACAUGGUGAUUUAUUCGAAUCAUUACAUGCUUCUGGUGAAUUAGAUGCUUUAAUCGCUCAAGGUAGAGAAAUCUUAUUUGUUUCAAAUGGUGAUAAUUUAGGUGCUACCGUUGAUUUAAAUAUCUUAAACCAUAUGUUAGAAACAGGUGCUGAAUACAUCAUGGAAUUGACCGAUAAGACAAGAGCUGAUGUUAAAGGUGGUACUUUAAUCAAUUAUGAUGGUCAAGUUAGAUUAUUAGAAGUCGCACAAGUUCCAAAGGAACAUAUUGAUGAAUUUAAAAAUAUAAGAAAAUUCAAGAAUUUCAAUACUAAUAAUUUAUGGAUCAAUUUAAAGGCAAUUAAAAGAUUAAUUGAAUCAAGUUCAUUAGAAAUGGAAAUUAUUCCAAAUGCAAAGACAAUCAUCAGAGGUGGUCAUGAAAUUAAUGUCUUACAAUUGGAAACCGCUUGUGGUGCUGCUAUUAGACAUUUUAACAGUGCACAUGGUGUUGUUGUCCCAAGAUCUAGAUUCUUGCCAGUCAAGACCUGUUCCGAUUUACUAUUAGUUAAAUCUGAUCUUUUCUUUUUGCAACAUGGUGCAUUAAAAUUAGAUCCAUCAAGAUUUGGACCAAAUCCAUUAAUUAAAUUAGGUUCUCAUUUCAAAAAAGUCUCUGGAUUCAAUGCAAGAAUCCCACAUAUACCAAAAAUUGUAGAAUUAGAUCAUCUAACAAUUACUGGUAACGUCUUCUUAGGUAAAAAUGUUACUUUAAAGGGUACCGUCAUCAUUGUUUGUUCUGAUGGUCAAAAGAUAGAUAUUCCAAAUGGCUCUGUUCUAGAAAAUGUUGUGAUUACUGGUAAUUUACAAAUUUUAGAACAUUAA